GAGAGAUCUUGUGAGAGCUGUAUGAGAGAGAGAGUGUGCGAAGACAGUGCGGUGGAGUUCUAUUGCCAUUACGCACGAUUACGCACGGACUUCCAGGAGAGAAGCGCUCAGCUUUAAAGGAGCGGGGUUUGGAUUGCUUGCAUAUACAGAAGAGGGCGCACUAUCAUUUUGUCUCUAGUCCCGUUUUCAUGCAGACUUUUGAGGUUUUAAAGGGGGAUUUCAGAGUUGCGUUUAAUCAUCAUAAGCCACUCACUGCAUGAACAAGAAACACGCUUGAACGUUCACAACAGCCCGAUCUUCAGAGCAGAGUGAAGCAAAGCCAGCUGCCAUUCAUCCGCACAGGAAUGGUUGAUCACUUACCAUUUGGUGAGGAGACCUUCCUGUAUUACACCGGCUCCCCAAAGUCUGACUAUAGCUGCCUCUAUUGCCACACUAAUGGUGGCAUCAUGGUGACUGACGCAUGUACCUACCACCACCACCACCCGUACCAAGGAGUGACUCUCUCCUCCUCUCCUCGGCUCUCUGAGGACGACCUCAGUGACUCCUCCAGCCCUCGUUCGUCCCUCUGCUCCAGUCCCGAGUCCUCGUCCCCGGUGUCACGACAUGUCCUCGGCUCCAGCUACAAAAGCAGGAGCAGCAGGAGCAGUGGGAGCUGCAGCUCCUCGGGAGGAGAGAGUCAAGACAGCCUGCUAGACCUCCUGCUGUCUCAGGCCUCCCACACCACCUCAUUAAGUUCUAACACCAGCAACAGCAGCAACACUCUUUCAUCCUCUCUCUGCCUGUCCUCUCCACCUUCCUCCACAUCUUCUUCUCCUAUUGUUCCCAUUUUACCUACGGGGCUGGCUUGGGAGCAACAGCUGAGUGUUCUGCAGCAGCAGGCCAAAGAGGAUUCUUACGAGUUCCCAGUCUUCCUCGAUGAGUUGCAGGAUCCUGCGGCAUUCCUGUUUCAGCCCACUCUAGAGGAGAUUGAGGAGUUCCUAGAGGAAAACAUGGUUGUGGCAGUGGAAAAAGAAGAGGAAAGGUGCGAUGAGGUGAUGUCCCCAACGUCGGAGGAUGUAGAUGCAGAAAAUUCAAGGACAUUAGCAGGAGAACUAGUGUCGCAGAACUCGGAUCAAACUGUGCCUGUGGCUCAUUCUCCACUCUCCUCCCACACAGAGACCAAACAUGCACCAUGUGCAUCAGACAUGGACAGCUCAUCAUCAUCGGUAGAUGCUAGCUCUGUAACUAGCUCUGCUACCAGCCAUGCAGAAGGGAUCAAACAGGAGGACUCUGGAUCACUGCCUUCCUCAUCCGAAAGUUCCAGCUCUGCUUCUCCUGUGCCUGUCAUCCUACAAAUCCAGCCUAUACAGAUCAAACAGGAACCAAACUCCAGUGCCAUUUCAGAAUCUGACACACAGAAUCCUGAGAAAUCUCAGUCCCAACAAACCCUGGCCCCAACUGACAUCAAAAUAGCUCAGCUCCUGGUUAACAUUCAGGGGCAGACUUUUGCCUUAGUGCCUCAGCUGCUUUCUUCAGCUAACGUCGCGAGCUCAAGCAAAGCCGGGAUCACCACUUCGUCCAAAUUUGUCCGGAUCGCGCCAGUGCCCAUCGCAGCUAAACCCACAGGGCUUGUGGAAGGUGGGUUAGGUGGCAGUUCGGGUACAGGGGUGCUUUCUGGAGGUCAGAGGUACCAGAAGAAUGCAGUCGCAGACCUUAUUAAGAUGCACAAGUGCUCGUUUCCUGGCUGUAAUAAGAUGUACUCCAAGAGCAGCCACCUUAAAGCACAUCUGAGGAGGCAUACGGGGGAGAAGCCAUUUGCCUGCACGUGGCCUGGCUGUGGAUGGAGAUUUUCUCGAUCGGACGAGCUAUCCCGACACCGCCGCUCCCACUCAGGAGUGAAACCAUACCAGUGUAUAGUCUGUGAGAAAAAGUUUGCUCGCAGUGAUCACCUGUCGAAACACCUCAAAGUCCACCGCUUUCCACGAAGCAGCAGGACAGGACGCUCUGCAAAUGGACCCCUCUGACCCUGCUCUGGCAGCCUGACAGAUAUGAGGGAAGGGGAGGGAAUGUGACGAAAGACAGAGGAGGGUGGUGGGGUGAUAGUCCAGAUGCCCUUUAAAGGAGUUUGCGCCAGACUCCUUUUUGCCCAAGUGUGUUUAUGUUCAAAUACGUGUGCGUGACGUACACUCAUGGUACUGUGAUAAUUUAUUGGGUGACGAGGAAAAGACUGUAACGAACUAAAACAGAAAACUGUUACUUGACAAAGCACCCUCACAGGUGGAAUAAGCUUCUUGUAUAUUACAACUUUAUUCUCAGAUAUUUUAGCUAACCUAAUUUGGAGAAAGAUCUGCUAUUUUUUACAUGUUGGGGUGUGUGUUAUUGCUAUGUUCAAUCAAAAGCCUUAUAUCAAUAAAAGGUAUAACACUGGUGGGUUGGCUACUAUUUAAAACUAGGGAUGCUAUAGCGACUAAUUUGCUAGUUGUUUAAACAAGAAUCAGGUUAGCUGACUUGUCUAAAAGGUAGAAAACAAUGAAAACUUAAUGGACGAGGUUAAACAUUGGCUGUAUCUAAGAGCUAUGUGAAACUUUCAAUCACGUUCCUCCGUGAUCAGAUUGCAUUUUAAAUGUCUCUGACAUGUGUGGAACUCUGAGCUGUAUGUAAUGUUGCACACAGAUACAAUGAUUAGUUUACCAUUAGCUUGCAUGCUAGCACAGGUGACAUACAACCAUUCAUUUUCCGCGUCAAAAUACUGCUGAACCAAGCUGGUUAGUGGUAAUCUGCUUACUUUCCAUCUUGCUACCAGGUGUACCAGUCUGUGUAACUGACUAGUAUUUCUGGUGCUGACUAGCAAUAGCAGUAGGAUUUAAACAUCUAGUUGACUAGUCACAUGCAUCCCUGUUUAAAACCUCCACUUUUUAUACUCUUCCUGGAGCCAAAUGUUUUGAAAAGUAAUACUAGCAAAAACUUACUGCUUAAUGGCUUGAAUUUCGUUUGUUGCACGGCAACAAGAGCUUACUGGGCAUACUAUUAGGAAGUAAUGGGGACUAUUAAGGUCUUGGUUUAAUUCUUUCUCAGUAGAUAAAAAUAUACACCAACAUUCCAUUAGCUUUGAAUAAGUCUCUUUGUUGCCUUAGAGUCUGUUACGACCUCAAACACAAGAACAAAGCUCAAGUUGAUGUUGAAUUACUGCUCACCAACAAAUAUCAUGUAAUUUGCACUGAUACACAUGACAUUUUUGGUUGUCUGCCCAUACUGAGAAUUCUGAGAAUUUUAUGUUAUCUUACUGCGGUCUGACUCUUUUUGAUUCAUCUUGUCAAAAAAUUACUUAUCGUAAUAAUUGUAAAUUUAACGGCCUUUAUUGGAUCAAAGCUGAUGACCCUAAAGCCAAGCUUUAAAACUCUGUCUUUGUUCAUCUCAUGAAAUGUCACAACUUCUGUUUAAUAAUUUUGUUAUACCAUAUCAGUUAUUACUUAAUGUGACUUUCUUUACUUUAUGUCACUGCUGUCAUAUGAUACAAGAUGGUAAAUCUGCUGGCAUCAAUGUGAAUCUUUUGUCUUGCCCCAGAUUUUUUGAACAUCUAAAAUUAAAUGAAAUCGUUACCUGUCAAAUUGAGUUUGUCUAUUUGGUAGCCAGUUAUUAAGGCUAGCACCAAGGACACCAAAGUAAAAAGAUUAAAGAUAAGCUAUGUUGUUUUUGCUAAAGAACUGGCCAAUGUUGUCACAUGCUGCAAUGACAGGAUCACAGUACAUAUGAAAAUUAUAAGUACCUUCAAUCGUUUAUCAUAGUGCAUAGCGUAAAUGAUGUACAAUUACAAAACAGUAACUAGCAUUAUAAAAUGUUAGCUAACAUCAGCUAGUGUUAGCUAACUUGUAUUAGCUAAUAGUGACCAACUGCAACGGAGGCAAAAUACCCAAGUACAUAUUGCAUUUUUAAAAUCAGUGCUUUAUCACUGAAGACUUAAUUUGUAAGAGAAUAAAUUGUUAAUUAAUUAAUGUAUGAAAUAUUUUGGAUUUUGCUUAAAGAGGCAUCAAAUAGAUAUUGUCCCACUUUUCUCCACAGAUUAAAACUAAAAGAGCUCAGUUAACUUUCCAUUGAGAGUGGAAAAUUAGUGUCAUUGCAACAUCAAAUGCCACAUCUAAAGGGAAAUCUUCAUGAGUAAGUUUUCUUACUUUGGUUGUGCCCAAACAUGAAUUUACAGCACAUCUUUCAGAAUAUAUACCAUUUUCAAAAGCAUUCAAGAAACACUAUUGCUGGUCUUGAACAUAUUGAUUGUUCUAAAAGAGGUAUUGUACUGUAAGGAAGCAGUGACUGUUAAGCUUUUUUUUUCAUAUCUCACUUAACUGAGUAGAUUGCUUUAAUCUCUUAUUCUGAAUUUCCUUUCAAUUAAACCAAAUAUCAUAGGAGGAGCUCAGAGGAAAUUUCUGUGCCAUAAAGUUGAGAAUUAUUUGACAAAAUUCACAGAUUUGAAACAGAUUUAAAAUACGGUUUUAAGAAAGACUUUUGUGGUUUUAGAAAUUGAUGAUUUGCUGAAACCUGCAGUGAUUGUCAAACCCUUUUUAGGUUUGCCACCAGUGACGCUAUAUAAAGGAAGUAUGUAAACUCAGUCAGCCAUUCCUUCCAUGCAAUUAGAAGAAACACUUUUCUGAAAGGGUGUCGUACGUGAUCCCGUGAAUGUAUGUAAAUACUUUAUAUUCAUCUAAAAGAGAAUUGAAAUAUUCUUCUAGUGAUUUCUGUGAUUGUGAAAGAUUUUUAAAACUGUAAAGAAAGUGUACAUAACAUGAUAAUUCAAAUAUAUUGUUUUAAAAUUAGUUAACUUAGUGUUUGUGAGGUCUGUACACAACACAUACAAUAGACUUAUUACAUGUUUCAUGAUGCAUUCUUUGUAAGAAGUCAAAAAAAUGCAUGUCAGCAACAGUUUAUUUACAUGCACUUGGUUUAACAUUGAAAAUAAAACAAAUUGAAAUUACACCUGAGUUGGAAAUAAAAUUGUCCGUGUGUUAUGAAACACUGAAGUCAUUUUCAGAUGUGUUCUGUACAUACCUACAACAAAAAGCUAAAAAUGUUAUUUUUUGCUUUUGUUCUACAAUGUAAAACAUUUACAAUAAAAAAAAAAAAAA